UCUGGUUUUCAAUAACCCUUCCUCACUGUAUAUUGCAAACCAAGAUUUAGAACUGAGAACCCAGCCACUGUGGUUGAUUUAUCAAAACAUGAUUAGAGAAAUCAGGGCUUCAUACAGUGAGGGAAUCCAUCUAAGACUCUAAAUCCUCACCCUCCCUGGAAGGGGCAGAACUCGGCAUGGAACCAAAGAAGAUAAAUAUUGCAGAAUGACAGGCAGCAGGCAGAUCCGCACAAGACAGAAGCCUCAUCCACUGAUACGAUGAUCUGGGUGCCUGGGAUAUGUAGUUCUCAGCAGAAUCCAGCACCCGAGGCAAAGAAGAGAAGCACUGUAGAAAGGAGUGGAGGCAGCCGCUGGAUCUGAAAAGGCGCAAAGCAGAAGACUGAGAAGAUGAGCUGGGCACAGGGGUUAUGUAGCUCUCAGCAGGAUCCAACAGCUGGACUGGGGAACCAGAACCAGACGUGGUGGAUGGAUCUCCCAGGCUUUGCAGCAUGUUUUCAAAACACGGUUGCAAUUUGGGUCCCUUGUUUUUAUCUUUGGGCUUCUUUCCCCUUCUAUUAUCUUUACCUGCGGAAAAACGGCAGGGGUUACAUCAGGAUGUCGGCUGUCUUCAAAGCAAAAAUGAUUCUGGGCUUUGCCUUGUCAGUGCUGUGCUUCUCCACCGUCUCCUACCUCCUUUGGGAAACUAGCCAAAGGGUUUCCCCAGCGCCCGGACUCAUCAUUAGCCCUACAGUUCAACUCGUCACCAUGAUCCUAGUGAUUUUUCUCACCCAGAUGGAACGGAUGAAAGGGGUCCAAUCCUCGGGCAUUUUGAUGGUCUUUUGGCUGCUGUCUCUCCUCUCUUCUAGUCUCUCCUUCAGCUUCAAAAUGCACCGUGCUAUGCAAGGGGGAUUCCAAGAACAGCCACUCCACCAUCUUUCUGUGUACAUUUACUUUGUCCUGGUUUUCUUGGAACUGGUGUUGUGCUGUUUUAAAGAUCCACCACCUUUCUUUUCCAGCGUUAGCAAUGACUUGAAUCCCUGUCCUGAAUCUGGAGCCUCUUUUGUUUCCAAACUCACUUUCUGGUGGUUUGCUCGGCUGAUCUGGAAAGGCUACUGGACACCCGUACAGCCAGAAGACCUGUGGUCACUGGCCAGAGACAACUCUUCUGAAGAAAUCAUUGACAAGGUGAAGGACGCUUGGGAUAAACACUCUCCAAGAACCGAACAAACAACCACAUGUGUAAGAUUGAAAAGAAGGCAAACCCAGAGGGAAAAUGCUAAUGAGACGGCCACCUUGCUCCAUCCGGAAGCUAGCAAGAGCAAAGAGCUUCUAAAAAGUUUCUGGAGUGUUUUUGGAAUUCAUUUUCUUCUGGCAACCCUCUGUUUGCUCACCUGCGAUGUCUUCUUGUUUUCGGUUCCAAAGAUACUGAGUCUUUUCCUAGAUUUUAUCAAUGACCAAGAAGCUCCUCUUUGGAUAGGUUAUUUCUAUGCUGCCACAAUGUUCCUUUUGGCUUGUCUGCAGACGUUGUUUGAGCAGCGGUACAUGUAUAUAUGUUUCAUGCUGGGCAUGAGGUUAAAGACAGCCAUCACCGGCCUUGUUUAUCGGAAGAUCCUGGUCCUGUCCAAUGCAGCCAAAAAUGCGUCAUCUGUGGGUGAGAUUGUCAACCUGGUAUCUGUCGACGUGCAGAAGCUGAUGGACCUGAUUAUUUAUUUUAAUGGGACUUGGCUUGCUCCUAUCCGGAUUGUCAUCUGCUUUGUCUUCCUUUGGCAGCUCCUCGGACCAUCUGCUUUGUCUGCUGUCGUCAUAUUUUUAGUUCUCUUACCUCUGAACUUUGUGAUCAGCAAGAAGAGAAGCCAGCUCCAGGAAGUUCAGAUAAAGUAUAAGGACAGCCGUGCAAAACUUACCAGCACCAUCCUCAGUGACGUGAAGGUCCUCAAACUGCAUGGCUGGGAGAAGAACUUCAUAAGCAAAGUGCUGGGCAUCCGAACUCAAGAACUUCAAGCUCUCAAAACGUCUCAGUUCCUCUUCUCAGCUUCUCUUGCGUCUUUCCAGUCAUCCACUUUUCUGAUUUCGUUCAUCGUCUUUGCGGUCUACACGUUGUCGGAUAAGACAAAUGUCUUGGAUGCUAAGAAAGCUUUUGUUUCUCUUAGCUUGGUCAACAUUCUCAAUACUGCUCAUUCCUUUCUUCCAUUUUCCAUUAAUGCUGUUGUCCAGGCAAAAGUUUCCAUCCGUCGCUUAGCUACCUUUCUUUCUCUUGAAGAAUUAGAUCCAACACAGGUGGAUGUUGAGUCUUCGGACCGCAAUUCCAACUGCAUUAUGGUCACGAAUGGAACUUUCAGCUGGUGCAGAGAAGGCAGUCCAUGCCUGAAUAGGAUAAAUCUUACGGUACCUCGGGGCAGUCUGUGUGCUGUGGUGGGUCAAGUGGGGGCUGGCAAAUCCUCCCUGCUCUCAGCGUUACUUGGUGAACUGCACAGAAUGGAAGGUUCUGUAGUAAUCAAGGGCACCACAGCGUUUGCUCCCCAGAUAUCCUGGAUACAAAAUGCUUCUGUGGAAGACAAUAUCGUAUUUGGGAAAAAAAUGGAGAGGGCAUGGUACAAGGAGGUAGUCAAAGCUUGCGCCCUGCAGCCCGACAUAGACAGUUUUCCAGCUGGAAGCCAGACAGAAAUUGGAGAUAAGGGCAUGAAUCUUUCUGGAGGGCAAAAGCAGAGGCUGAGCCUGGCUCGUGCAGUUUAUAUGAAGGCCUCAGUUUACCUCCUGGAUGAUCCCCUCUCUGCUGUGGAUGCUCCAGUUGGCCGGCACAUUUUCAGCCAAGUUCUUGGACCAAAUGGCUUGUUGAAGGAAAAGACUCGCAUCCUGGUAACCAACUCCAUCCACGUUCUUCCCAAAGUGGACAACAUCAUUGUGAUGGUGAAUGGAGAACUGUGUGAGAUGGGCUCUUGGCAAGAACUGAUACAAAAGCAAGGGGCAUUUUCAGACUUCUUGAGGUCCCAGAACCGUGAAGAAAAAGACCACCAGGAUUUGCAAAUGACUGCUGGUCAUCUCAAAGAUGUGGGAAACAUUAAGAGAAUCUCCACAGCUCCUGUGACACAGGAUGAAACCCCUGGAAAGACAAGUCAGCCUUUGGCCAAGAGAGACAGUUAUAAGCCGACAGAUGAGCAAGGAAAAAGACUAAUGACAGAAGACAAGAAGCAAAAGACUGGACGGGUAAAGAUUUCCGUAUACCUGAUGUACCUGAGAACAGCAGGUUCCCUCUUCUGGGUUUAUAUUGUACUCCUGUUUGCCUGCCAGCAAGUUUUCUCAUUCUGCCGUGGCUAUUGGCUCAGCCUGUGGGCCAAUGACCCCAUUUCCAAUGGGACACAGCCUCAUACCCAGCUCCGCGUGGGCAUCUUUUUUCUCCUAGGAUUCACGCAAGCCAUUGGGAAAUUCGGAUCUGUUGCUGCUGUGUUUUUGGCCGGGAUCGUGGCUUCCCGUAAGCUCUUCCAGCAGCUCCUGUGGGAUGUUCUCCGGUCUCCAAUGAUCUUCUUUGAGCAGACUCCCAGCGGUAACCUACUCAACCGUUUCUCCAAAGAAAUGGACGCAAUUGAUUCCAUCAUCCCAGACAAGCUGAAGUCUCUGCUGGGCUUCCUAUUUAACCUUCUGGAGAUCUAUGUUGUGAUUGUGGCGGCCACCCCAAUGGUUUUGGUGGCUAUUUUGCCUCUGUCAGCCUUAUACAUUGCUUUUCAGGUCUUUUUUGUCACCACCUCCUGCCAACUGAAACGCUUGGAAGCCGCAAGCCGCUCACCCAUCUAUUCCCACGUCUCCGAGACCUUUGAAGGGAGCAGCCUCAUUCGUGCUUUCAGAGCCCAGCAGCGUUUUGUUGUCCAGAAUGAUGUCAGAGUAGAUGAAAACCAGAAGAUGUCUUUCCCUGCAGUGGUUGCUGACAGAUGGCUUGCCACCAACAUUGAGAUUCUGGGGAACACCAUUGUCCUCUUUGCAGCUUUGCUCGCUGUGGUGUACAAAGCCCAUCUCAGUCCUGGCACGGUGGGCUUUUCCAUCUCCUCUGCUCUUCAGAUCACUGGCGUCCUGAACUGGAUGGUGCGUGCCUCGGCGGAAAUUGAUAACCAAAUCAUGUCUGUGGAAAGAGUGAGAGAUUAUUCACAGAGCCCCAAAGAGGCUCCAUGGACUUUGGAUGAUCCUCUCCAGGGUGGCAGCUGGCCCACUGAAGGAGCCAUUGAACUCAGAGGCUAUAGUUUACGAUACAGGCCAGAAUUAAGCCUAGCUCUGAAGAAUAUCAACCUAAAGAUCAAACCUCAUGAAAAGGUGGGCAUCGUUGGAAGAACAGGGGCUGGGAAAUCGUCCCUUGCAAUGGGGCUUCUGAGACUUGUGGAAGCUGCUGAUGGGGAGAUUGUGAUCGACGGAAUCAACAUUGCCCAAAUGGGCCUGCACAACCUGAGAAGCAAGAUUACGAUUGUCCCACAGGACCCAGUCUUGUUCGGGGGUUCUUUGAGAGAGAACCUCGAUCCCUUGGACCAAUACUCGGAUGGGGAUAUCUGGACUGCUUUGGAGCAGACCCAACUCAAGAGCUUUGUUUCAGAUCUGCCAGGUCAGCUGGCCUAUGAGUGCUCUGAAGGAGGUGGAGAUCUAAGUGUUGGUCAACAGCAGCUCAUCUGCCUGGCCCGGGGUCUACUUCGGAAAGCCAAAAUCCUGAUUCUGGAUGAGGCCACCACAGCUGUGGACCUUGAAACAGACCUGCAGAUUCAGUCUACCAUAAGGAGUCAGUUCAAGGACUGCACAGUUUUGACCAUUGCCCAUCGGCUAAACGCCAUGAUGGAAUUUGACCGAAUUCUAGUGAUGGAAAAUGGACAAGUGGCCGAAUUCGACACCCCAGAAGCAUUGAGAGUUCAGAAGGGACUAUUCUACAAAAUGGCGGCGGACUCAGGGCUGGUGAGGUGACGGAGGGGAAAGAGCAGGCUGGAUGGCUGCUUCUUCUGAAAAAGGACAUUUUCUCAUGCUUCUGCCUGUGAGCAGGGAGAGCUCAAUCCUUGGCUUGUAAGACGAUGGAUGCUCUCUCUUGCUGCCUAAGUGCAGAGCAGAUGGGGAACAGAAGUCUGACUCUUCCCAGCUUAAUUUCAGCAGGGCCCUUUACUGCACCCACAAUGCUGAAACCAGCAGGCACUGACCAUGAUCCACGCCUGGCUCAAGCAGAGGUCGCUGCCUACGCCGUCCCUGCCAGCCGAAAACACUGUGCAGAUGGUUGCCAGGACCCAUUGCACCGGCCUGCAUUUUGGCGUGAUCAUGUCACCCAUUGACUCAUAAUCUCCUUCACUGACUGUUGCUUUGUCCCCAAUUAAAGCAACGAAAUUACAGAAAUAGUACAUGCUAAACUGAUCAGCGGAGCCAACUACUGUAUCGUAUCCCGCUGGAGACUGGAUGAAAUAGCAGAACAUCGGAAUAACAGAGUUGGGAGGGACUUUGGAGGUCUUCUAGUCCAACCCCCUGCUUGAGCAGGGGAGCCUAUACCACUCCAGACAAGUAGAAAUCCAGUCUCUUCUUAAAAACUUCCAGUGAUGGAAC